AUGGUAUUGUCAUGCAAAUUACCAUUCCUCUAUCCGCUUAAGUCCCGCCAGCGACAUCCUAUUCCAAAACCGGCCAUCACUUUCACAUUUCUCAAAGAAAUCAGCAAUCUUGUUGCUCGACUCAUCCCCGCUGUUUGGAUUGAUAUGGAAGCCCGAGACCCCAUCGACUAUAAUCUCGGCGGGCCCCCCUUGAUUCGUGGCAAAAGUGGGCAGCCCAUAGUUGAUGGCCUCAAUAACUGUCAAGCCAAAAGCUUCAUACAACGCGGGCUGCACGAAAGCUCCUUUUGUGUCGGCUACACAACGAUAAAGCUCACUGUUUCUAUAUCUGUCAGUUUGAGCAGCUAUCCAUCUCAUCUGCCCCUUCAGUUGUCACCUGAGAAAACUUCUCAAGGCACUACUGGUUCUGAAAUCACCAAGGCUAAUUCAGCAGACUUGGCCAAUUCUUGGUUUCUGAUAUUGAGAAGAUCUGAUUUGGAGUGA